UAAACGCAAAGCAAAGCCAAAAAAAAGCUAAUAAACGCACCUACAGCGACCUCUCCGAUUUCAACCGACCUUAUCAUGACGCACAUUCCGAUGAAGUGGGCCGAGCGAGAGGACCGGCUCUACCUCACCCUGCAGGUGACCGCCGCGCGCGACGUCCGGGUCGACUUCGAGGCGAAGAAGAUCACCGUCAGCGGGACGGGCCUCACCGCGCAGACCGCCGAGCCGCGCGAGAUCCGAAGCGAGCUCCCCCUGCUGAAGGAGAUCGCCCCGGCGGAGUCGACCUACAAGGUCCUCGGCGUCGCCAUCCAGAUCUGCGCGAUCAAGAAGGAGGCGGGGUACUGGAACCAGGUCGUGGACCUCCCGGCCCGGCAAACCAAGACCUGGCUCUCCGUGGACUGGAACCUGUGGAAAGACGAGAACGACGCCCCGGAGGAGGACCGCGGGGCCGGGUUCGGGGGCUAUGGAGACAUGUCCUCCAUGCUUGGCGGCGGCCAGGGCGGGAUGGACUUCGCCUCGAUGAUGCAGAACAUGCCGCCCGGCGGCGGGGACUCCGAUGACGAGGACGAGGACUACCCCGUCGACGGCGAGGCCGACGAGGACGAGGACGUCCCUAAGGAAUCGACCCCGGAGGACAAGGCGGACGAUUUGAAGGUGAAUGCUUAACUAUUAUUAAUUUAUUUACCUUUUAUAUUAAAUUUUUCGUAAUUUAUUUAUAUUAUUAUUGGGCAUUUGUGACAGGGUGAUAAACUAGAUGAAAAAAAAUAGGAAAAAGGGAAGCGGAUAGUUUAACCUAUUAUAAUAGUUCACAGUAUAUACCCCUAUUUAAAAUCUGAAGGAUGAAGAUAUUAAACUAAGAAUAAAAUGGUGAAUCGUGCGAUGAAAGAGUAAAAUAUCAAGCUUGAUUGUGAGACCGGUCUGAACACUUCAAAUAACUUAUUUAAUAGAAUAUUAUUAAGAUUACCACUGCAUAUUUAAA